CAGGCAAAGAGAGCAUCCUGGGCCAUGUGCACCUGUAUCCAUGAAUAGCCCCCAUGCCUAUGGCGCCGGGAGGCAGGGGAUGAAGGUCGCAGAGCCCAAAGGUCUUGUGUCUCAGCUCCUCGGGAGCUGGUUACGAGCCAUCCGAGAGACCAUUGCAAUCCUGUUGCAGUUUGCAGAAGAUCAGACCCAAUGGUUACUUCAAACGGCUGCCAGUUACCGUGUCCUGAAGGCCCUGUUCCCAUUUCUGGAAUCUUUUGCAAGAAGCCAACACGUAAGUUCUGCUGAGCUCACGACAAUCCCCAGCAAGAACCAAGAAGAGAUAGCAGGCAGUAGCCAGAAAGAUCCCACUAAGAACCACCGGGACGAAGAUGGCACAGCAUUUCCCUCCCGCUCCACAAGAGAGAACACAUCUCUGCCCUCUCAGUCAAUCUACACCUUGUUUGACAAAGAUGGGCGGCUGGAUGUCUUCCGCAUGCGCAAGCUGGUCUACGAGAGAGGCACACAUCCCAGUGAGAGGAAGAUCACCUGGAAGUUUCUCUUUGGGGUGUACCCGGAGAAAUCCACAACUGAAGAGAGGAAGGAGCUGGACCAGCAAAUGUCCUCUCAGUAUCGGUGGAUGAAGCGCUCGUGGAAACAGCGCUUCCCCUGGGCUGCCGUAAUGAGGGUUCAUUCCGACUUGGAGCUUUCCUUGGCAAUCCAGAGACAUGACGAACAAUGGAGGGAAGCUGAAACAGCCAGUCCUCCUACAGAUAUCUUUGAUGAGCAUAGCCUGCCCUUCCAGCACAUUAACGAGCAACAGUUCCAAAAGGCGCUGCAAGACAUUGAUGCCGACGUACCCCAGACGGACAGACACCGGACAUUCUUCCAACGCGAAGGACUAGUGAAUCUGCUUUACCUCCGGGAAAUUCUCGUCACGUACGUGGCCUUCCACCAAGACAUCGGAUAUUGCCAGGGCAUGAAUGACUUUGCCAGCCGCUUUCUGGAGACCCUGGAAAAUGAGACUGAAGCCUUCUGGUGCUUUGUGGGCUACAUGAGACGUUCAGCGUGGAGUUUCACCACCAUGGGUGUUCGCCGCAAGACACAAAUCUGUGAGGAGCUUCUGAAACACGUGGACCCAGAACUGUAUGACCACAUCGAGAGCGUGUCCAGUGACAAGCUGCUCUUUUGCCUCAGGUGGCUGCUGCUACUUUUCCAGAAGGACCUAGACCAUUCUGAUGCUGUGAGGGUCCUAGAGAUCAGCGCCUUGGAAUCUGAGAGGAUGAAUUUUGGAGCCUGGAUCUGGCUGACUCGUAGGGAAGGUGAGGAGUCCCUGCCAGGCCCUUUCACAUCUGUAGAUCGGGAGGAAAUCACGUUUGAAGUGCUGCUUUGCAUUGCUGUCCUGAUCAAGAACAGGAGGAAGCUGCUGCAAUACCAGGACGUCAGUGACUUUUACCUGUUUGCACAGAGGUUGCAGGGGAGACUUCAGCUGAACACACUGCAUGGAGAAGAGCGGCGGUAAUGAGUGACCUCUUGAGAGCAGGGAUCUAAAGAGGACUACAAAGAACACCCCACCCCCCAUGGACUUGAGUGGUCCCUGAAGGAAGAAAUGAGAUCACCAUCUCUUUGGAAGCCAAUCUCCAAUGAAGCUAUAAGCAAUAUCAACCUAGAAUUUUGUCACAGCCUCUUAAUAAGCAAACAUAGAAACUAGGACACCUUCUCCACCUCGGACCUAAAUAUCCUACAAUAUUAGUUUCUGCCCAUUUCAAACGAGAUGUGGCUCCCACUCAAGGGAUGCUGUGAGUUGCAGUUCUGUUUAAAGUUGUUGGGCUUUCUAACCAAAGGCACAUGUACACUACAGACUUAAAACUGAUUUAACAGUCAUUCCAGCUCCUCAGGACACACGGGGAACUACCGCUCUGUCUGUAGAGAUCUCUCAGCACCUUCACCAAAAUUACAGCUCCCAGGAUUCUUCGAGAGAAAGCCAGGACAGUUAAAACUGCAAUAAAACCAAUAUACAGGUUUGUAGUGUAGAUUUGCCCUAAAACUUAUCGGCACAUUCACAAAACAAAUGGCAAUUACCAGUGUUCAUUACCAAUGAAAAACACCCAGGGCUAACCAUUUUGCAUGAUGAACCAAGGAAAAUGAGGAACGGUUUGGAGAGCAAAAUUGUGCCUUGAACCCAGAGAGAUGACAGACACACUGAUAUUUCUGCAAAAUGUCUCUUUUGAGCUGUGGCUGUUUGCGGGGAGGGGAUUCAGGGACCGUACAGAUGCUUAGAAUUCUAAAGUCUAAAUACUGAAAACUUUUCAUAGAUAGGGAGCGGAAUGUUCCCCUCUUCCUCUUCCCUCACUUUUUCCCAUUAUCCAUCAUAAACUCCAUAAUCUAGAAGGUAGUUUUACUGCUCUACCCCUUGGCAGUUGCUGGGCCUGAAAGCACUUAUAUUCGCUUGGUUUCCUUAAACCAGGAGUGAGGAACUUUUGGCCCUCCAGAUGUUGCGGAACUACAACUAUCAAUCCCAGUAAGCAUGGGCAAUGGCCAGCAAUGAUGGGAGUUGUAGUUCAGCAACAUCUAGAGGACCAAAGAUUUUCUACCCCUGCCUUAAACCAUUAUAACCCCUGAAUUGGAGAGGGAUGCAGAGAAAAACCCAACAGAAAUUGUUUUAAAAGAUUUGGGGCACGUGGGGAUUUUAAAAGAUUUGGGGCACGUCUGUGGGGAGAGACACAAGAACUGGAAUGUUUCAGAGUUCAUUUUACAGUGAACAGGAAGAGAAAUAUAUGGAGUAUCAGCAAAAGCAAUGGCUUUUUCAGAAAGAAAU